UGCUGCCGUCAUGGAACGCUGAGAGCGCCUAGUUCAAAAGCAACGCGAUGCAAAAAGCCGUUUUAUCAUUCCUGAUAACCAACAAGCGCACCACUACAGGGAAUCUACUGCGGUAGUUGCUACGCUUCCAUGGUAGAACUCGUUUUAUCGUGAUAGAACAGCUUUUCCUUUGGAAUUGUUCUAUUGUUGCAUUUUUGGCGGUUUUUGCCGGGAACCUCAUCUUGUUAGUUUAUUGUUCGUUCACCAGCAUUGUCACGCGUAUGAUUUGGGUAUGAGGUACAGGCUUCGUAUCACUAAUCACCAGUACGUGCUCCGCUACAGGCACCUACGUUUUCUUGAUUUCUAUGCUUCCACUAGAGUUGGGGGUGAGCGCUGGUAAGACGAACCUUUUACUGACUGUCCAGCAAGUUUAGGGCCGUUUGGCGUUGUGUAUGCUCGGCACUGGCAUAAUUAGUCAGUGCGGUAAAGAGGGAGGAGGCGUGGCCCUCACCGUUUCCAGGUUGUGGCGCAGCGUCGUCAAGAGUUAACGAGGUCAUCUUCGUUGUCUAUGCAGUCAAAGACUCGUGCUAAAAGUGCAGAUAAUUUCAUCUAUGCAUGUGUUUUUGUCGAUGUGUGCGCGAAGGAGCCUUUUUGUUCAUGUGCUGGAUAUUCGCGUUCAGACGAGAAAGGUACACCGGAAAACGGGCUGAGAUUGUUGAGGCUUCAUUGUUCAGGACAGAUUUGUCAUGUUAAACUGGAUAUUCCCUGCCCCGUGGCUGGUUCGACUGUCGUUCUUUUGUCUCGACUUGCCCCCCGUAUUUUCUGCAUAUCGUAUCCUCCCUUUUUACAUUAUUGUGUAGUGCAAAGUCAGCUGGUGUCGGUCUCGUACCACAUGCCAUCAAUAUGUUUCGUGAGUGUUCGCGUGCGUACCGCUCCACUGAUAGAAAACGUUGUACCUGUACUGGUUUCCAAACGCAUUACUCUGAGGUGAUCCUGUUUGGUGGCGAAACGUAGAAUUCCUUAUUGUGUGUACCGUUUUCGAAACGUCGCUACGCGUCCAGCCAAAAAUCCUGAACCUACCGACAAUAUGGCGGUGCUACAUUCACGGGAAAGCGAUAGGACAAGCUUCGUUGCUGCUGCAGACCUUCCGUCUGCUCCCUGCCGUCGUUGCAGCGGCGACGACCCAGGGGAGCUGCCGGGCGGCUUUUGUUUCUGCAGUUGUCACGAAGCACGUGACCGAGAGUUUGCCGGUUCUUUGGAUCCACCUGUAGAGUCGAUCGAUGAGCUGCGUCGCCUUGCAUCGGAUUUUACCGCAGCAGCCGCGGAUGCAGCAGUAUGCAAUGCGGUCGUUGCUCAGGCAGCUGCAGCGUCUCAGCUUGGCGAGGCUGAGGAACAGUUCAGGAAAAAGUUUGUCCUCGCUUCUGGUGUGGACGCUCGUCGCGUCCUGCCCAAGUCGAAAGUCAAAUUUCCUGAUGAUAGAAACUCCCUUCUGAAUACUAUCCCAUACUGCGUCCCUUAUGUCGCCACUGCCUUGGCCCUGUAUGCACUCUUUAUAAUCGUGGCUGCUGUACGCCCCUUGUACAAGAUCGUGACGUAUCAUGUAAGCACCCGAGGCGACCCUAGGUCCGAAACUGGGAAACAGAUGUUCAGCAAUUCAGUUGUGCCGACAAGCUCCGAGGUGGUAUUUCCGUUAGUGGAUGAGGAAGACUACCCAUACGAAUUUUGUUCAAGAGGUUUGUCUACGGCUAAGCAGAUGAACUUUUUCAUUCGUGUGCUAUGCUGUAGUGAAGAAUUUCUGCCAACGCUCUGGCUCUCCUGGUGUCAGCUGUUAUUUUGUAUCCUUGUGCAUUUAUGGGUAGUCCGUCAUCACUUGUUUCAUUUAGUGCGACAAAAAUUUCGCCCGUACGACGUAGCUGGGGAAUUCACACUGGAUGAAACGUCCGUCGAAAAAACGACCCAGUAUGUGUCUGCACUCCAGCCUCAGUCUCCUCUUAAUGGACGAUACGGGUUUGUAAAUUUAAAGGGGCACAUCCGCCAAAUACUGGCACUCAUCAACCCCACAAGUGGAGGACGAAUGGCGAUGACCUACUACCAGCAGCUCAUUCUACCGGAGCUGCUUCUUCUCUUCGGCUCCGACACAAAGGUUCUCCCAAUCGUCUUAGACGAGAAGAAUGAGGAGUUCGUUUGUGCGUUUAUUCAUCGAUGGUCUCAUGUCUUCGACCUUUGCCUGAUUCUUGGAGGGGACGGUUCUUACCACUCGAUUGUCAACUUACUGAUCCGGGCUGGCCUGGAGAAGCGACAUAACGACUCUGGCGACGAUGAGGGCCCGCCCAAUUCCAAGGAAGCUCCCGCAGGUGAAGGAUUAAGUCCUGGGUCUGACAGUUGGUUUGAUUCAAAUAGACGACGAAGCACAGUCUGGACCCGGAAAUGCCAUUCAUGCAGGAAGAAGAAGUGUAUCUUCCCCAUAGAUCUGCCAAUAAGUCCAGUUCCUCUUGGAACAAGCAACACUUGGUGCAGUGAAUUCGUAUUCAGUUACGCUGGCCCCAUUGCUGCAAAAUGUUACGCAGCAAAUGCUCGACAAGCCGCGGCUGCAACCAUGGAGCAAUUGGAGAGAGAGAAAGCAAAGUUAUCAAGGAGAGACUCAUAUCACUUCGCCCAUCCAGAGCAGACAUCAACGGAUGAGGGGCUUGAACUUGUCUCGAGUGAGACAGAGAACAAGUUCCAAAACAAAAAGCAAACUUCAAAUCUACGCGACGAGGAAGGGAAAACUGUGAGCCUUGACGAUUCAAAGUCUUCUUCCUUUUCGGGUACUCAAACCACAUCUCGGAUGGAGACAUGUGACGGAUAUGACUCAGAUAGAGGCUGUGUGUCCAGCACUUCACCAUCGUUGUCCACCGAGUUUGUGGAUCCAGCUCCCCCUGCAGCGUCUCAGUCUUUGUACCAAGCGAUACCAGGAAUCUGUGACUCCUCAAAGUAUCCCUCUGUCGCCGCGCAAGCAGCCGCUCGAGCAGCCGUAGACGUCGCGGCUCUCGCCAGAACCGAGGCUUGUUUUGCGGCAUCAAACGCGGGGACAGGGGCAUUUUUCAGGGACUGCAAUGCCGGUGUGAAGGCCGAAGAAGCAGCAGUUGCAGCGGAGGUUGCCUGUGACGCUGCAGCUAGAGUGGCAAAGGCCACACAUAUAGGAGGUCCCGGGUCAUGGGAAAAUCUAGCUUCUCCUUCGUGCUCCGAUGACGCUUGUGUGUCAAAGAGGAUGGACGAGUGUCCCGGGGAAACCGAGAGGACGCGUGAUUCCAAAGUGCUGGAUUCUGAGAUGCCGGCCGCCCGUAUUGUCGCCAGUCUCGCUGCCCUUCACCGGAAUGAUUCUGCGGAUCUUGCAGAGUGCUCGAGGCUGUUGGCUCCUGCUCCUACACCCGAACUAAAAGGAGUCAGACUGGCCAAACAUCAUUUAAGGGUCGCCAAAAUGAUGGAUGAGUUAGCCACAAAAAUGGGCCCCGGAAAGGACAAGAACAUGAUGCAACUAGGGCGAGAGAGCCUUCUACAUUUUUGGAUGAGGAGACUGCAAGAAAGCCGGACAACAAGAAUAAACGCGCUUCUGGUUGAAGCUGGAGGCGAGAGACACAUCUGUUGCAACUCUUUGGAAUUCGGGUUUAUCGGAACAGCCCAAGUUCACAGCGAGGAUACGCGGUGGACAGGCCAUAUGAGGUACACGCUGGCGUUUCUUUAUCAGCUACUUAUGAGACGUACAUUCCCAGCGUAUAUCACAGCGACACUGCCGAAUAACGAGGUGGUCCACAGAAUCGGCGACUACAUGGUUGUCGCUCUGGACGUGAUUCAGCACUGGACAGACGAUCGCCCGGUCGCGCGACAAGCGCAGAUGGAUGGGCCGUGUGCUUGGCUUCUUUUGAUGAAUGGCGAAAUCAGUCGGGCACGGCUGUGGGCAUACACGAGUGACCUAAGACGAUUGAGCAUGGCCGAAGAGAAGGGCCUCGAAAUGCUGCCCGUGAAACGUGUUCACAUAAAGCUUACAGAGCCAGGCAUCUAUGGAUUGGACGGGGAGGUCUAUAGGCACGGCGGAGAAUUAACAUUCACCAUGUUACCUGGACCCAUUCGUGUGUGCGUAUCGGAGUUCGAUCAACUUAUUGCCCAUCCUGCAGGAGGACAUAGGUGGAUGAAAUGCAUAAGAAGAGAUCUGACUGAGUAACUGAGGAGACGAUAGAGAACAACAGAACGUAAACGUUUUUAUUUACGCUGAACGGAAGAACACACAGAGGACAGGAACCGAAGUUGCUGGGAUUCGGCCCUCUUUGCCGUCUUUUGUGGUGGCCCUGACAGCUUCACGGACAUUAAAACUUGCUGAGGGAAAGGCGUGUUUUUUCGUUAACCUGCAUUUCAUUUCUCGUGUGUAUGCAUGCAUACUUGUAUAUAUAUCAGGGUGAGAGGGGUGUCAACAAAUUCCCUACCACAGACUACAGAGAGGUGCUGCAAAGAGACUAGCGAAUCGCCGCUGGGUACACUCAUGCGUCCAUUCAGACCACUAGGAGGCAUCUGCUGAUUUCAAAUCAAUAUCCGAGCAAAUCAUGCCUCUCAUGCUAUCCAGUAAGAUCGCUCACAGAUGUGGCUUUAACGUGGGCGUAAAGAUAAGAACAUGGCACAUAACCCAAAAGAUAACACAAGAGGAUUUGAAAGGAGAAACGUCUUCUUGAUCUCGUCCCUCAUCAGAAAACCUACUAGUAAGAGUUUCGUCCGGACUACAGGGGAUUCAGCAAUCCAACAAUGGCCUCUUGACAGACAGGACUUGUUUGUUCCGGCUCUUUCCUCUCACACUGUCCUCCUUGUGUGAAUAGCGAACUACGGAAGAAUGUGUUUUGUUGCUGAAGCGUAAGGUAGCUUGCGUAAUUUCAGAAUCUUGUGGAAGUCACGAUUAAUGCAGUCCGCGACCGAGCGUUCUUUAUUACCUUCGGCCGACAUCGCGCAGGCUGCACGCACGUUAAAGGCGGAUUUCGUGGAAUUUUAUAUUGUCCCUGCCGGUCUUUGUCGGCGUGUUCUUGGUUGGUAACUGUUUUCUUUUCCUUGGUUCUUUUACUUCUUGUACCUCGGUGUAAAGAAAACUUGACGAAGUGAAGCCCGGCUAUACACGAUCCGCGCAUACACGUAUGCACGGCUGCUUGUGCUGUCCUGUUUUAUCCGGCACAAUACCGAACAAGUCUCAGUGUGCCGUGUACUGUAUGCAUUACAACUGCAACUUGGUUUCUAUACACUAUGUUUCUCGGCAAGUUCCUGUCUGUGUAGUCAUCGUGAUUGUCAUUCAGUAGUUUCGUGGCGUUCCCCCUUCUCGUAGACGUGCGGUAACAACGGGAAGAGAGGCGACAGGCUGGGCGAGCAUAUACCCACAGUCGUUCGUGUUUCCCCCGUCUAAUCAGACAUUGAAGAGGUCAGUUAUUGCUUGCCAGGUGUUUUCAGAGUCUCCCACAGUUGCAGUCUGUAUCUAAAUUAACAAGGGUGCUCAAGAUACACAUGAUAGCACG